CACCACACUAUUAUUUUCUUUUACAAAAAUGCACAAUUAACAAGGAUCGAUGAGAGGAAAAGACAAAAUAGGGAGAGAAAAAGAGAUAUGGGUAUGCGUAUGGGUGGACAAGUAUGCUAAGUAUUAUUUAUGUAGAAGACAUCAAAUGAUUGAGGAAUAAGCAAGGGGGUAGCUAGCUAUAGUGAAGCAAAUUUUUAUGCAUUACAAAACAAUAGCUAGCUAGAGAGAAGAUGAGUAGGUAUACAGUAGUAAUGUGAUAUUGUUUUCUUCUCUCUUCUUCUCAGAAUUGUUGCUGUCUCCUUUGAUAAAAUUCCUCUUGGUGUUUUCUGGGUUUUAUCUGAAACCUUUCAAAGAGACAAGAAAGCAGGGAAAAUCAAACAUACAUAGCUUCAGUCAGAUUUGUUCUCAACUUUUCAAAACAACAUGGCUGCUGCUUCCUCAUCCACACCUUUCUUGGGAAUUAGACAAGAAAAUCAAAGUCAGAUUGCGCAACACCACCAAUCCUCCACAGCUGCUUCCUCAACUACUACUACCACUCCAACAACAGUGCCUCAAAAGAAAAGGAGGAAUCAACCUGGAACACCAUAUCCAGAUGCGGAGGUGAUAGCACUAUCUCCAAAGACACUAAUGGCAACAAACAGGUUUAUAUGUGAGCUGUGCAACAAAGGGUUUCAAAGGGAGCAAAACCUACAGCUACACAGAAGAGGACACAACCUGCCUUGGAAGCUAAAGCAGAAGACUACAAAAGAGCCAAAGAGAAAGGUUUAUCUGUGUCCGGAGCCCACAUGUGUUCACCAUGACCCUUCAAGGGCUCUUGGAGACCUAACUGGCAUUAAGAAGCACUACUCUCGCAAGCAUGGUGAGAAGAAGUGGAAGUGUGACAAAUGCUCCAAGAAAUAUGCUGUUCAAUCAGAUUGGAAAGCACACUCCAAAACCUGUGGCACCAGAGAGUAUAGAUGUGACUGUGGCACCCUCUUCUCAAGGCGUGACAGUUUCAUCACUCACAGGGCCUUUUGUGAUGCUCUAGCCCAUGAGAGUGCAAGACACCCCUCCAACCUGAACCCUUUGGGAACCCAUUUGUAUGGCACAAACCACAUGAACUUAGGCCUUGGUACCCAACUUCAGAACCAAGCCUCCACUAACAGCAUAUUGAGCCUUGGCAGUGCACCAAAGUUUGAGCAUUUAGUCUCACCCAAUCUGCAUCACUCUUCAUCAUUUGGAGUACAGUCACCCCAAUCAUCUUUCUUCAUGACUGACCCAAGUCAAGCAUUUCACGACCUCCAAUCUCAGCAACAAGGAUCAUUAUUCUCAAGCAAUAAGCAACUGCAUGGUCUUAUGCAACUUCCUGAUCUUCAAGGAACCACUAAUAACUCCACUUCUGCAUCAUCAGUAUCUGCUAAUUCAGCUAAUACCAAUUUCUUUAACCUCAGCUUCUUUCCAAAUACCAAUAGCAGUGGCAGCAUAAUCAAUGAUCAAUUCAACAACUUAGGUGGAGGUAACAACCAAGGAACAACAACACUCUACAGUACUAAUAGCCCUGUAAGUAACCAGGUUGGGUCAGGCUUGUCUUCACUCUUUGGCAAUUCAUCAGUGCAACAAGAGAACAUGUCCCCUCACAUGUCAGCCACUGCAUUGCUUCAGAAAGCUGCUCAAAUGGGUUCAACUACAACCACCAAUGGAGCAGAAGAAUUAGGUGUAAGAUCAAGCAUGGAAAAUAUGCACAAUAAUCAUCUACGUGGAUUGAUCAACUCUCUUGCCAAUGGAAACACUUCCAUAUUUGGCAAUGUGAAAGGGAACGAAAACAACCUUAGCCAGUUUCAUAAUGUGGUAGAGGAGCCCAAAAAGUUGUCACAAAAUCUUGGUGUGUGCUUUGGAGGAUCUGAUAAGUUGACGUUGGACUUUUUGGGUGUUGGAGGAAUGGUGAGGAACAUGAGCAGUGGUGGGUUUUCACAGAGAGAGCAGCAACACUCCAUGGGUACCAUGACCCCCUUGGAUACAAAGUUAGAAUCAGCACAAGCAAACCAACCUUAUGGAACCUCAACACUACAAUGAGUUGGGUAAGAGAUAAAAGUCUACUUCAAUAAUUUCUAAGCUUUAAAAGAAUUAAUUUCUGUCUGUUGAAUCUUUUGGUUCAUAUAAAAAAAAGUCGGGUAAAUUAAUUAGGCAAUUAAAAAUAUGUUUAUUAUUUAUAAAUGUAUUGGUUUAAACUUUUCUUAUUUUUAUCUUUAUUUUCCUUGAAGAAAGUCUAAUUGCCUGUUCGUACGUUAGGGUUUCAAUUCUAAAAUAUGCAAUAUUCCAUGUAUUUUUCUUCAAACACAUGUGUCCCUUACCCUUUUCACUCCCUUAAUUUCUCUAGGGAAAUUCCACUGUCUUUGACAUUGACAGACAUCUAAUAAAUUUACUGUUGCAUUGAAUUUCAUGACCCUGGGUAAAUUAAAUUACUACUAACUGUAAAAAGCACGUGGUAAAGACCAGGUUCUGUACAAUAAUCACCAAAAACGAGGAAGCUGGCUCUCACUUUCUGAGAAUCUUCACAUGUUGGCUAUAUUCCAGGGGAAGCGACAAAGGCUAGCUGAUUUCAGUUCAGUUGCAUUAUUCUCCUUUCAUGAUAUAUAAUAUUGACUAAAAGGUGUUCAAAUUUCAAAAACAAAACUAAUUAAGAAUUUUGCUUGUCUACCUAAUACCAUAUGAUGUUAAGGUUUUGUAACUAAGACAAACACAACGUGACAUAAUUUUCAGGUACUUAAUUCUGUUGACAUUCUUAUUCUUAACAACGACCCUUUUGCAUUUUCAUCUAAAUAUUCCUCACCAUGUUGACUAUACCUUUGAAAUUUUAUUCUCUUUCAACUGCUUGCAUGAUAGCAUCUACUGUAGCGUACUUCUUUAGUCGUUAGGGUUAGCUCUCACGUCAUUUAUUCAAUUUCUGAAUGAUUUUUGGGAAGGUGAUGAGGGUGGUGGCUGACCGUACUGUAUCCAGCAGAAAAAGUAGCCUGUAAUGUUCGUUAUAGUAAUUAUAGGUAAACACUAUGUGACACUUAUGUCGCAUGUGACGCCGUCUGAUUCCACAUACGCGAAUCAUUUAGUCCCAGACCCAUAAAAGCGUCUCACGUUACAUCCAUAACAUUAAUAUCUUUUUAAAUAAAGUUAAUUUACUUUUGUUUUUAUAUACUUUUUAGUUGAUUUUAAUUUUCUAAAAACUUUUUAAAAUAUAGUGUGUUAUUAUUUAGUAAGUAUGUUAUGCCACAUCAUAUCUUGUUUUAAAAUAAUCGUGAAUAAAAAUGAUAAUUUAUGUGUCGUGUCUAUUAGUUGAUGAUAAAAUUUAUUUCAAUUGUUUUCAAAAUUUACAAAAUUAAAAUUAACUAAUUAUAUCACAAAUAACUUACUUGAAUUAUAACCUUUGAUUUAAGAAAGAUAAAAGAUAUCUUUUAAGUUUACGAGCAUGAUAGUAAAAACCUAAGGAUAAACUUUUUAUGGCAUUGUUGUUUAUUGUUGGAAUGAUCCAUCACAGAUCCAACGGUGCUUUAUGUUGGAGAUGGAAUAAAAAGUGGAGAUGAAAGAGGUCGACUAAAGUCAAGUAUAAGUGAACAACGGUGCUUUAUGUUGAUUUGAUAACACAUCACCUCAAUUAAGAGAG